AUGUGGGGCGCGGCUCAAGACCUUGCAAGCGCUCCACAUGGCCUGUGUGACCCUGCUGCUGCUGCUGCGGCUGCUGCUGCUGCUGCUGCUGGUGAUGAUGAUGAUUCUGCUGCUGCUGCUGGCGUUACUGCUUGUGGUGGUGACAGCACCAGAUCCGCUGUUGGCAGUUAUGAGAGGGGCGAUGGCGCUCUGUUAACCAGCGUGGAGAAAUACUCGAGCUUCAGCGACGUGGGCGCGAUUGCAUCACGGGGCGCAGAAGCCACCGCAGAGACAGCAGCGCCUUUGUGUGUCGCGCCGAGGCGUAUGCUAGACGCGCUCUCAGAGGCUAUAGCUACCGGCCUGGCGUCCAGAGCUGUGACGUUCCUUGCCGACCAGAUUUCGUCCGGCCAAUGGGAUGCUCCGAUGCCUCCCCUGCUGCUGCACCAAUCAGAGGCUCAGCCUGAGAUUCGGUCAGCGCUCGAUGAGUCGGUGUUUGUCGGCAGUAAUUGCCACCUGGCGACUUUGGGCAGCGCACUGGCAGGAGAAGCUGUUGGUGGGGCCCCUUCUCCUGCUGACGUGGCACUUUCUUCGGCCUUACCCAUUCUCGCUGCUGCUGCUGGUGCCACCACCACCGCUGCUGCUGCACCGAACGAACCUUUGAAAGAUUCUCCAGAACCUGUCAACGAGGCCGCUUCGGCCGCAGCAGCCAGAGUUGCCGAACCUGCUCAUUCCAUUUCCGCAUACAGUCUCGGGCGGGGGGCGGAGGCAGGGGCGGCGGCAGGGGAGGCGCAGGGGGAGGCGCAGGGGGGAAUGGCGGCUGGAGUGUCUGUGGUGUGUGGCGGCCUGCUAUUCGCAAUCGCCCUGGUGACGUGCUGCCUGUGGGCCAUGUGGGAGGUGGCAGAGCGAAUGGAAGCUCACACGGCGAAGCACCUCACGGAGCUGGCUGCUGCCAGGGCCACAGCAGGAGGGGGGCAAUCAGGCAUGCUGCAUCUGCUGGUGGAAGAGUGCGAGCCGGAUCAGGAUCAGAGAGACACAAUCAACACUAGUACAGGCGCCACUCCUUUUCCUUCCCACCCACAUCAACCUCUUGCUCCCCCUUGUCCCCUUGCAUGUUUCUUCCCCAACAGGCAUGCUGCAAAUCUAGACCAGGAUCAGAGGGAUGCGAUCGACUCUGCGCUGCUCUCCCUUUCCUUUCUCUGGCACCCACCUUCUGCUCUUUCCCUGUCCCCCUUCCCCGUGUUCCUCCCUUCAUCAGGCAUGCUGCAAGCUAUUAGUCGAAGAGUGCGAGUUGGAUCAGGAUCAAGAGACGCAAUCGACACUGCGCUGCUCUCCUGCUGGACGCUCACUGACUGGCUGGCAAAGUUUGUCUAUUCUGAGGUAGCAGGCGAAUGUGGACACCAGCAGGCAACGCGGUUUCAGGGUGCAGUGAAUGUGACAACCAGCAGGCAAGCGGUUCAGCUUCACGACCGUCACAAUACCCCCUUCUUCUCCUCUGGCAUCACACAAGCUCCCACUGCCAGUCCCCUCCUUCCCUCCCACCCACCUUCCCACCACUCCUCUCACUCCUUCCACCUAUUCCCUCCUCCCCCAUGCCCGUCCCUGCCUCCCCUCUCCCCUCCUCUCUCACUCCCGUUCUCUUUCCACCUCCUCCUCCUCAUCCUCCCUCGCGCUCUCGUCCCCACGCCUCGUUCCAUCCCUCCUUCGGCUAACCCCUCUGCUGCAGCAGCGACCAUUGCUGCGGUAGCAGCAGGAGCAGGGCGAAUGAUCCUCCCGUUAUUGCACUCUGAGAGCUCUGAGGAGCUUGCCGGCACAGUAGGGACAGAUGCAGGAGGGAGGGGAGGCAGCAGGAGGGAGGAGAACAACAGGAGGGGGAGAGGCAGCAGGAGCAAGCGAAUCUGCGGGGAUGAGGGGCAGGUCCUUCCGAGCCAGUUCUCAGGUUCGCAGCAGGGAGGUUUGUGUCGGGGGAGGUACAACUGGGAGGGUAAAGCUGGGGAAGACUUGUGGGGUGGAGGGGAGGUGGUGUCUGGGAGUGGGUUGGCUGCUACCCCCUCCUCCUGGUCCUCUGAGAUGGAUCUUCUGAUUGGUGGACGGUGGGAGGGGAUGGUGGGAGAGGAGAGGGGGAGUGGAGGAAUUGCGUUAAGAGGGGAGGGGAAUGAAGGAGGAAGGGAAUUCGUGAAGGAUGGGAGCGAAAGAGGCGAGAGGGGAAGAGGGGAGAGGGGGAGGGAGAGGAUGCAGAAAGGGGGGAGGAGGUGGAGAUUAGACGAGCCAAGACUCUGGAAGCCGACUGGUCGGGCGACGAGCGGGACAAGAGGAGUGAACGUUCGCAGAAGCAGACGAGGAGGGGCGGUCAGAGGGGAGGAGGGGGAAGGAAGGGUGAGGGAGCAGAGGUUCAAGCAACUUGAAGGGUACGGAUGGGUACACGAGGGGUUCAGAUGGGUACUUGAGCAGGUCCCAGGCAGCACAGCCAGCAGCAGGAGUCAGGCCCAGUCGCACCGGUUCCCAUCCCCUUCUGCUACUGAUGUUGCACCUACAGCACCUGAUGAGAAUCUUCUACCUGCUCUUUCACCUGAAUGCACGCAUUGCCCUGCCCUCCCUGCAUCCUUGGCCGCCUCCUCUUUCUCGCCUGCCGCCUCUCCCCCUGCUCACAUCACUGCUCCCACGGUGAGCUAUAGGGAGCUAGCAGCAGCUGCUACUGCUGUGCCUGCGGCGGAUUUCUCAGCUGGACACGAAGCAGUUAAGGUUCCAGUGGCUGGGGCUGUAGCAACACGGGCUGUACCGUUGCCAGCGGCACCAGUCCUUGACUGA